GAAGAAGACCCCCCAAACAAGUACGAGUCUCUGGGUCCUUCCCAUGAUACAUGCCCAAAAUGUCAGAUCACGCUAUUCAAGUCGCGGAAACCAUCCAGACGGCAUCCGUCAACCGAGCGCCAUCCGCUGCCCGCGACAUCAACAAUCCGACCUCAGCCCCGGAGAAGGCCGCAGUCGAGCUUACUCCUUCUGAUGCUGACAGCAUACCUUCGGACCUCGUUGAUCCCCAUCGAGCACUCCGGCCGAUCUCGCGCCGACAUACGCUCCCUCCCUUACCUGAUUUACGGUUCGAGCAGAGCUAUCUUUCAAGCCUAAGAGGCGCGGAUACAUGGGGGCGGGUAGCGUGGAUCACCAUCAGAGACCAGGUUCUGUUACCGCUUGUUCAAGGAACGCUGUGGACACUUGCGCUCUCGGGUUGGCGAUUCUGGAACCGUACAGCGUCCCUCAGCGGGCAGACUCUGGGUAGCAGGGUUAGGAGAUGGUGGUAUGAGGUCAACAACUGGAAACUUCCUCCUCUUAUAUCGAAGAAUCCCAAGACAGCGGCCGCGCAGGUAGAAGACUUCUAUACUGCGCAAUUUUCCAAUGCUGGCGCCGAUUAA